UACCCGGAAAUACAACAACAGCGCUGUAGCGGUUCUUGUGUGGGUAGAUGUGAGGAGAUAAACCCCCCUGAAAUGGUGAGGAAUAAACAUGUAUCAGUUCCUCACACCGCUCACCAUUCACUACCCUCACCCGCCGCGUCUCACUACAGCCUCAGCCCAGACUCUACACACACUGCAGCAGCAGCAGCGCUACUGAGCCCGAGCGAGCAGCGACCAGUGCAGGUGUGCACGUUUAAGCAGUGAAGAUGUCCUUGGCCCAGCGUGUUCUCCUCACCUGGCUCUUCACACUAGUCUUCCUCACCAUGCUAGUCCUGAAGCUGGAUGGGAAGGUGACCUGGAACUGGUUCCUCAUCUUCCUCCCUGUGUGGAUCUUCGACAGCAUUCUCCUCCUCAUGCUGGGGGUGAAGAUGGCCGGCCGGUGCAGGGCAGGUCAUGACCUGCGUCAGGGGGCUCCUGGCCUGCGCAGGAAGGCGUGGUACCUGAUGGCUCUGCUUCUGAAGCUUGGCUUCUGUGUCACGCUGUGUGCCCGGCUGGAGAACCUCACAAACCUACGCCUGAUCUACAUCUGCAUCCCCUUGUGGACCAUGCUGACCGGGGCAAUGGUGGAGCUGGGGGCUAACAUCUUUCCUCAGCGCAGGGACUGAUUCUUGGGGAGAGCAGUGAGCAGUGGUUUGCCAGAAAGCUAGAUGAUGUACAUGUGCACAGUAAUCAUAUUUGAUGUCCAAAGCUAAUGUAGAUUUGGAAAAGUUGAUAGCUGGUAGCAGGACAGUCUGGAUGUAAAAAUCAACAUGAUUUAUAAUGUGUACUAAUCAGAUUCAAGCCACAUUUGUAUGCAGCUUCUAAUCUGAGUGAACUCAGAUUUCUGGGCAUGUGACACAAUUUGUUUUCUUUAAUCAUAAUCAGUUAAUGAUGGUCAGAUGUGUCUGGAAUGGGAGCAAGAGAGUAAAUACAGGAGGAAGGUCCCGUGUUCUGGGCUAGCACGUAUUGUAGUGCAAUAUAGUACGAUGCAACAGUGGAAAUGACUUUUGUUCAUAGCUGCUGUAGUAAUUAUCUAGACAAUAUACCUGGUUAAACCUAGAUAUAAAAGCCAUUUAGCUUUCCAGAGGUCGAUUGAGGUCUCAAGUGUCUCUGCGUGGUUGUUUUUGUCCACAUCCAAGUGCAUUUACUAUAUUUGCACCAAGAGCAAAAAUGGAAUGGCGUUUUGCUAGUGCAUGACAUGUUCAUGUUUAUUUGCUUUUCACUGACAACUAGGGAACAUUAUUUUCACUGUGUAUGUUGUAGGUUUACAGUGAGCACUUUACUAAAAUUGUCAAUGAAAAUGACUGAAGGAGCCUAUUGGCUGAUUAGUUACAGUAUGUGUUAAACAGGUUAGAGUACUAGUAAUUCAAAGAAUCAACAAACAGAUUGCAUUCCUCUCUUAGACUAGUAAUACUAAAAAUGUGCAGUGAAGUUAGUACAGUGUUAUUGUUUGGGAGCUGGUUGUAAUUAUGUAAUGUAAGCUUCACAGUUUAAGUUCAGCUUUUCCCCUUUCUAUUGUGAAGUAAUGCAUGUAUAGCUUCUGUGGCAACCAACCAACAUAUGAUCAAAUCAAAUCAGAUUUAACACUCUUUAUUCAGUGGACCAGUGGUUUUUAAACUUGGAAUACUUGUAUCAUUCAUGAGCAAUGUAGCGUGUCCAAGUACUACCUGCUCGGGCUACUGUGGUAGCCUUGCCUGCUUUGCAAUUGGCAAAUUUGAGAUACUACUAUACUAUAUAGUACUAAAUUUACUAUAGUAUUUCCCUUUUAACUGUUGAUUAAUUAUUCUGCUAUUAAUGCCGAUUCAAAAACAUUUGGGUAUUAUGGCAUUGCAUAUUGCGUGUAAAAGUUUGAGAACCACUGCAGUAGAAUAUACUGUACCAGAAGCAUGCUGUUUGCAUUAAGCUAACAUGGCAACUUCAUGGUUCUCCUAUGAGAGAAGCUGAUAAAAAAAAUAUGGUACAGACAUCAAACAGACGUGCACUUGACCAGUUUGUGUUUCUUAGACCAUACAGGACUCAGAUGAACUGAGUAUUAUUUUUUUUCUUUCCACCAAUGAGUUCCAUCAUUGAUACCACAGUGAUGGAUUUGGGACAGUUUGACUGUGGAAUUAAAGACAGGGAGACAUUGCUCACAGAAAGAAGGCAGGUGAAUCUGUUCUCGCCUCUCGUCUCCUGUCUGUGUGACUGAUUGAUCAGAAGAAAAUGGCUGGCUUCUAUAAGAAGCUCGUUUAAUUCUCCUGUCCUGUUUGACAGGUUCAUUUCACUCUGCUGGCUGUUUUUUAAAGUUGUCAGUUUAACAGGAUAUUCAGGAUGUGAUCUUCAGAUUGCACAUCGACUCAUAUGUCUAAGACUGUGUGCUAUCUGAAGAUCCUGAAGUAGGUGCUUAGCUGGCUUAAUUCUUGGGAGGUCUGGUAUACUGAAGGGGUAAUGUCUGUAGUGUGUUAAUGGGGACCAGAUUUGUGGAGCACCUUUAUAACUCAUGCCUUUUUAACAGACAUGAAAAUGGAAUAACUUAAGGCCUAUCUUUUGGAGGAGCUUUAUUUCCAUUUACAUUGGGGACGUCUGUAAUUUUAUCUAGGUUCAUUUUUGUUUGAUUUCCCAAGCAGAUGUUGCCUCCUAUUAGUCUAGGACCUAUUAGUCUGUCUAGGCAGGAUUAUCUGCUACAAAGGGUUUUAUUCUAAUGGCAAUAGAAUAAAACCCCUUUUCUUGCUUUUGUUUAUUCUAGCUUUUGGUAGACGACCGUCUCUACGGUCUAGAGAAGACAGUAAAUCUGCUACAAAUUUGCACACAUAUGUCGGCAGUGGGUGCAACUUAAAGAAGAGGAAUGCAUUUAUUUGAGGGGGUGCCCAUCAAAGUGACCAAAUUAGAGUUUAGUCCAGCUUAGAUUUGUAGCAAACUACACUACCUGGCUAAAAAAGUCACCACCAAAAAAUAUAUAUUAUUAGCUUUGAUUGCAGGAUGCAUUUGCUGUGGCAUUAUUUCAAUAAGCUUCUGCAAUGUCACAAGAUUUAUUUCAGUCCAGUGUUUUAUAAAUUUUUCUCCAAGAUCUUGCAGCAUUGAUGAUGGUAGAGUCUGACCGCUGCACAAGGCCUUCUCCAAAACAUCCUGAAGAUUCUCAAUGAGGUUAAGGUCUGGACUCUGUGGUGAACAAUCCAUGUGAGAAAAUGAUGAUCUCAUGCUCCCUGAAUCACUCUUUCACAAUUCCAGCUCCAUGAAUCCUGACAUUGUCAUCUUGGAUUAUACCCAUGCCAUCAGGAAGAAAAAAAUCCAUUGAUGGAAUAACCUGGUCUAUAUUCAGUAUAUCCAGGUAGUCAGCAGACCUCAUUCUUUCAGCACAUACUUUUGCUGAACCUAGACCUGACCAAUCCAGGUGGCUAUAUAUAUAUAUAUAUAUAUAUAUUCCAAAUUUCUGUUUAUUUCUAUGUCACAAAGGAUCCUGUUAAGGCUUUAUAGCCAAAAGAGGUAAACUACAGUGUAUCUGUCUCAGUGUUUUGAUGUUGCAUAAACAUAAUAAGCAGUGAAUAUCUGACUAACAUGUUGAUUUACUGCUAAUAGUGUAAUAGUGCACCAUAGUUUGGUUCACAAUUAAAUUUUGGUUUGACCUUGUGGUUUUGUACAGGAGACCAAAUCAUAUAGUGUAAAGCAUCAUACAAGAAACCUCAUUUAACUGCAGAAUCAUCCAGAUUAUUUCACUUCUGAUUUCCAGUCGUAAUGCGAUCAUUUUUAGAUUGCACAUGGAAUCAUAAUACCAUACAGUAUUAUUGUUGGUAUUUGUGUUUGACUGGGAAUAAGAGUUUAUUUGCCAAAAUGUUUAAACCUAUCACUUGUUUUGGUAAAGUGAAAAUAAAACUGUACAUCUGCUCCAUAAAUCAUAUGGUUAUCAUUUCCUUUCCUGCAAAUUCAUGACAAAACAGGGUCUUAAUAAAACUGAUCACCACCAGUUUGAUCAUUUGUUCCAGGAUGGUGAACUUGAUUUAGAUCACCACAUUUCACCUGUAUUCUUGUUAUUUUCCAGUGUUCUUCUUCAGGAAUGUGAGAUUUGGGUUGGCUCUGCAGGAAGAUGAUAGGCAAACAUCGCAUUAUAUAUUUAAGCUGUUCAAACUUGCUGGAUAAUAGUGAGUUUUGUGUGUCUUUCUGUAAAGUACUAUUCAUUUAAACUGUACAUAAGCUUUGUAUGAACUGUUCAGUCUAUUUAUUGCUGAUUGUUGAUUCCCUGUAUGCUGUGCCAUCAUUCCACAGGACAUUUCCUUACUUUGCACACACUUUUUUUAUAUUGGUGUAUAGAGCAUGCACUUUGUAAGUUAUUCUGCGUUCUUAGUUUGCAGCUGUUUGAAUGUGUAAAUAAAGGAGUUAAUAAACUCGAGAGAAUUUUUAAAA